AUGAAGUCAGCGCUGAGACUUAUUUUACUGUAGUAAUAGCUUGUGGGCAGCACUGUACAUCACUGGUUGGCACUGGGAUCUCUCUUUGUUGUGGAGUACAGGAUCAGAAGCAGCAAAUGUUUCCGGUCAGGCAGCCUUGGCUUUGCAAAGCCUUAGGUUGUUAUGAUUGCUGUAUCCGGUGCAUUGGGGCAGUGCCCUACCCGUCCUUGGUGGCCACCCUGCUGUUAUAUGCCGGCAUGGCGUUAUUUUGCGGCUGCGGGCAUGAAGCGUUGUCCCAGACCGAAGUCCUCGUCGAGACUUACUUCGCCCGCAACGUUCAAGACUUUGUGGUCAUGGCCUCAUUUAUCAAAUACUUCCAGUAUGUGAUCUAUGGCCUGGCAUCAUUUUUCUUCCUCUAUGGCAUCCUGCUGCUGGCGGAGGGUUUCUAUGCCACGUCCGCUGUCAAGCAGACCUUUGGUGAAUUCAGGAGCACCCACUGUGGCCGCUGCCUCAGCCUGACGUUCAUCAUAGUGACAUACAUCUUGGCUUUCAUCUGGCUGGCCGUGUUUGCCUUCACCGCCAUCCCAGUCUUCUUCCUGUUCAACAUGGAGCAGACCUGCCACACCAUUAACAUCCUGGCUGAGACAACCCCCAGCAUUAAUCAGCACGGCUGGAUUUGCAUGGACGCCAGGCAGUAUGGUCUGCUCCCUUGGAAUGCAAUGCCAGGCAAGGCUUGUGGGAUGACCUUGGCAUCUAUUUGCAAAACCAGCGAAUUCUACGUCACCUAUGACCUGUACAUAGCUGCGUUUGCAGGCGCCGGAGUCACUCUCUUAGCACUGUUCCUGUAUCUGGCUGCCACCACCUACAACUACGCUGUCUUGCGGUUCCUGGGCAGGAAAGGAGUCCGUUAGGUGCAGCGCCUCCGUCCCAGUCGACCCCGUCCUCCGUUUGAGAUGGACAGUCAACACUAGACUUCCAUUCUUCCUCCUCUGGGAAACAGCAUCUUCCAAACCUGGAUCACCUGCUAUAGUAUUUCCUUAGACGUGUCCAAUAACAGACAAAUGUUUCCCAUCACUGUUUUGUAUGAACAACAGACAGAGAGAUGAAGAUAAUUCACACCCAGCUCCAAGCUCUGACCUCCUCCUCCAACCCUCCUCUCAGAUGACUCUCUUCGCUUUGUUGUUCAUUUUCCCCUCGCAGGUCAUUUUAUUCUUUCUGUGAAGCUUCAUUGGUGCUGAUGACUGAUUGUGAUGUAUGACAUUUCAUGAAUAAUUAAGAGCAAUGACAGCUCGCCACGCAAGUCAUAACUGCAUGCAGUCUGUUCAGUGUUUACUGAUGCAUAUAUUGCUUCUGAAUAUGAUUUUGCUGCUGCCUCAUUAUCACUAUUUUGUUUCACAAAUAUCCAACUAAAGCAAAGGAUUGAAUGUACCAAAGUUCUCUGCAUGGGUCUUCCCCAUCUGCCUUUGGGCUUCACUUACACAUACUUUGCAUUCACUCAUAAAGCAUUUAUGCUGCAUUUAAAAACCACUGUGUAGGAGGGAAACAAAGACAAGUAUCCAUUUUUCUGGACGUUUUUUGGAUUACUGCUUAGAAUAAGGAGGUUUUAUGUUACUGAGGUGUUGAUGCUUCGAUAACAUGCCUGCAGGUGACUCGUGUUUGAUGUGUAGCCUGCUACUUACUGAGCUGGGUUGUGUUGUGUGUGCUCAUUUUUAAUGAAGGCUGAUUAAACCAUUUAAAUCAGAA